AUGGAUAAGUUUCAGGAGGUGCUAAACCUGCACCUGCAGCAUCCCCGCGUGCUGGGCUACGGCCUGGUGACGCUCCUGACGGCGGGCGGGGAGCGCCUGUUCUCCGUCGCGGUGUUCCAGUGCCCCUGCAGCGCCGUCUGGAACCUGCCGUACGGCCUGGUCUUCCUGCUGGUGCCCGCGCUGGCGCUCUUCCUGCUGGGCUACGUGCUGAGCGCGCGCACCUGGCGCCUGCUGACCGGCUGCUGCGCGCGCGGCGCCCGCCCGGGGGGCUGCGGGCCGCGGCUGCGGGCCGCCCUGGUGUGCGUGCAGCUCAGCGCCACCGCCGCCGUCGCGCCGCUCACCUGGGUGGCCGUGGCGCUGCUCGGGGGCGCCUUCUACGAGUGCGCGGCCAGCGGGAGCGCCCCACUGGCGCGGCUGCUGUGCCGGGGCCGCGACGCCGCCUGCGAGGCCCAGCUGCCGCUGGCGCCCUGCCACCAGGCCCGGGCGCCCGACGCGCAGGACCUCCUGAAGGAGCUCAAGGCCCAGUCUCAGGUGCUGGGCUGGAUCCUAAUCGCAGUUGUUAUCAUCUUCCUUUUGAUUUUUACAUCUAUCAUCCGAUGCCUAUCUCCAGUUAGUUUUCUGCAGCUGAAAUUUUGGAAAAUCUAUUUGGAACAGGAGCAGCAGAUCCUUAAGAGUCAAGCCACAGAGCAUGCGACACAAUUGGCCAAAGAGAAUGUCAAAUGUUUCUUUGAGUGCUCACAUCCGAAGGAAUACAAUACCCCAAGCAUUAGAGACUGGCAGCAAAUUUCAUCACUAUAUACUUUCAAUCCAAAGGAGCAGUACUAUAGCAUGUUGCACAAGUAUGUUCAUAGAACAGAGAAGAGUGAGAGCAUCAAAUCUAAAGAAGGAGAUACAGUGAUUCCCAUUCUUGGCUUUGUGGAUACACCUGGUAUGCACACUACUGCUGACUUGUGA